GUUACCGGGUGUUUCUGUCCCUUUCAACCGCCGAGGUCUGCUUCCCGGAAAUGAUGAGAUGGCGGUCAUAGCGUGUCUGUGUUCAUAAGGAUACUACGGAGUAGUAAACAUUAUUUGUAACUUCUCUGACAGCAUAUGCUUCUGAUCCUGCCAGGUAUACAGUAUCAGACUAUCGAUAAGAUGACCCCGCAUGGACCUGCCGAUUUGGGUUAGACGGUAGUGCGACACUGACUCUGGCCAGAACUCUCCUCUACUGCUACUCUGCUAUCAAACAACUAAGCUAGUCAUCGAUUCGACAUUGGAUUCAUACAAUGACGGUCCCAAACAUUCAAGCUCUCCUCGAGACACUCCCGGCCUCUUAUCGAGGCCCUGGCGGAGCGGUCGCGGUCGUCAAGAAUGGCGAGCUUGUCGGACAGCAGGUCUGGGGCUAUGCCGAUCUACGGCGUCGGAUCCUCAUGGGCCCAAACACUCUGAUGCCGAUCUGUUCCAUCACGAAGCAGAUGCUGUGUCUCAUCCUGAAAGAUCUCGAGCGCAACCCCACGCCCGAGAUGGCAAAGCGGGGCAACGUGUCUCAGCAGCUGGCGGAUGGUCUUUGUGAAGUGAUCCCCCGCGAGCUGAUCGACACCGGGCUCCGGCUGGACCAUUUGCACAAGAAUCAGUCGGGCAUUCGGGACUAUUGGGCCAUGUCGAUGUUCUGGGGGACACAGCCGGAGGGAGAGUUCACUCUCGCGGACGAUGCCAAGAAAGCUCUCGGUCGCACAAAAUCCCUACACUAUCAGCCCGGCACGCAGUACUCAUACUGUAACCUAAACUUCCAUAUACUGGCCCGAGUUGUCGAGCACGUCAGUGGAAAACCACUCGGGGAACUGCUCGCUGAGCGUCUCUUCUCUCCCGCCCAGAUGACGACUGCCGCCCUCUGUCCCGACAACGCCCAUCUGCCCCCGCCCUGUGUGGGAUAUGAAGGGGACGAGACUUCGGGUUAUAUUCCUGCGAUUAACCGUACGCAAUGGGCCGGCGAUGCAGGCGUUGUGGCUUCUCUAGAAGACAUGGUGGCCUACGAAUGUUACCUGGACCAGGCUUGGGCCGACCCGCAGAGUCUGUAUCGCGAGAUGGCCCAAGAUCCCACAUUUGAACACGGCAGGCCUGCUAGGUAUGGAUAUGGCUUGGAGCAUAUGAAGAUCGGGCAGAUCGCUACGAUUGGCCAUGGAGGAGCUAUCCGUGGAUUCCGUCUGCACCGGAUCCAGGCUCCAUCGGAGCGACUGUCGGUGGUGGUGAUGCUCAAUCACCAGGCGGAUGCUGCCGCGGUGGCGGGACGCAUCCUUCACGAAAUCCUCGGACUUCCUAGACGGGUUCCCCUGGUUUCUAUUCCGUCCCCUAGCUGGGAAGGCUAUUUCUUUGACCCGGAUGCUCAGUUGGUAGUCCAUGUUGGUGUAGGCAGACCCGGCCAAGUCAUCGUCACAUAUACGGGGGAUAGCGAGACAUUGAACCUGGUUGAUGAAGGUCACGCGGAAUCGGGCUCUACAGCUGCCACGAUCAGUGUCAAUCACCUCAUCCUUCACCGUAUGGAGGAUGGACGUUACAUCCAUACCAAACGGAUCAUUGCAGGCCAACAGCCGGCCGAGGAUUAUGUCGGCGAUUAUCACUGCGCCGAAGUCGACUCCACGUUCCACUGCAGGGGGGGCGGUUUCAUGCUGUACGGAUUUUUCGACGGAUUCCUGGGCCAAGGGCCCGUGGAGCUCAUGCGAUAUCUAGGAGAUGAUAUCUGGCUUCUCAGGUGCGCACGUGGCUUGGAUGCGCCGGCGCCGGGGGACUGGACGGUCGUAUUCCAACGUGACGAUCAUGGCGCUAUCACCAGCGUUGUCUUUGGAUGCUGGUUAGCUAGAAAGGUUGUCUUUGUUAGACAGUGAGUAGAAUGUCUCCAAGAGAUAAGAAACAGAAAUCUAUUACUCAGAUUAAUGGCAACCAAGGAAGUCCAGGGUUUCAGAUGAUCAAGCUAUCUGUAUUCCAUGGAUCCUCGUAUGUUUGAAACUCCGGCCAGAUCGA